AUGGCUCAAAAAAGAUGCGCCCCAAAUCUUCCCUCUGUGUCAGUGAGUCCCUCUGGUGAAAUCGAGGAGGGCAGUUCAGUGACUCUGACCUGUCAAAGUAAUGCUUAUCCAGCAGCUAACUACACCUGGUACAAGAAGAAUGGAAAUACAGAACUUCAACCUCUCAGUGAAAAUACACCUCUUGUCUUCAGCUCCAUCCAGUCCUCUGACUCUGGACAGUAUUACUGUACAGCUGAGAAUGAGCUGGGGAGGACAUCUAGAUCCAUCUCUAUUGAUGUGAAAUAUGGUCCAAAGCUUCCCUCUGUGUCAGUGAGUCCCUCUGCUGAGAUAGUGGAGGGCAGUUCAGUGAAUCUGACCUGUAGCAGUGAUGCUAACCCAGCAGCUAACUACACCUGGUACAAGGAGAAUGAAGACUCACCAAAAGCAUCAGGACAGAUCUUCACCAUCACUGACUUCAGAGCUGAACACAGUGGGAAUUAUUACUGUGAAGCCCAGAACAGAAGAGGACAUCAGAACUCCACCUUACAUCUGACUGUUGUAGCAGAUAAAUCAACAAUAACACUGAUGACAAACAGCAUCAGGUUGACUCUGGUGGGGGUUGUGGGGCUGAUUCCUCUGCUGCUUUGUUGUCGCAGGAUGAGGAAGAAGAAAGCUCUGAGCUCCACCACUGAACCAAAUGAACCCAUAGAGACUGUGGAGUUAGACUCUUGUCCUGAGUAUGAUGACAUCUCAGAGACUGCAGCACAGACAGAAGACCCAGAGGAGCAGGAAGACCUGGUGUGAAGGUCAGACAGUGCAGUCAAACCAGAGGGAGACUCACAUGGAGGAAAACAAAAAGAAGUCUUUAACUCCAAACGUUUUCAUUCUCAGUUUUUUAGAAGCAGCAGGUAGCAGAAGAUUAGAGAAGAAUGCAGCUUUAUUUGUACCUGUGCAGGUACAUAACAUAACUGAACUCAGUUCAGGAUUUGACUUGGUAUGCAAAGUGAUAUUUUAUGUAGUAAAUUACUUUUAAGAAAUAUUGUUCACCCUUUCACAUCACACCUUUCCUGGCAGAGAAAGCCAGUAAAGUCCAACUAUUCCACAGCAUGUACAGUAGAUCUUAUAUGGUAUAUUUUUACACAUUGAAAUACAUGAGCUCAGCUCUGUCAAACUUUGCUAGUUGUUCAUUUGUAUUGAAUGAAUUGUAUUGUAUUGCAUGUAUUGUAGUUUGAACAUCAUGCCAGUUCCCUCUCACUGCUGCAGAGGGAGAUAGUGUUCAGGUGCAAGCUUUUGAUUUCAGCUUUAAACAAACUCUUUUUGGGUUCAUUCUUCAGAAUGAAGU